CAUUUCAGCAAGUGUUUUGCUGGAAGCAACUGGCCUAGGUCUUGUUGACCAAGCCUUAUCGUAUGAUGUUUAUAUUGCACUUUGGGGCACCAAGGUUCAUGUUUUGGCCACAGUUGUGGCUACUGGUCCUGGUAGCCCCACAUCCCGAGUGGGCUCAAUUCCCAGCCCAGAUGGAAGUUGAGCAAUUUGAGCAUAGCUAUUUCUUUUUUCAUUACAGGUCCCUUCACUCAUCUCAACCACUCUACACCUUUACUACUCGAGCAGAGUCAGGGGAAAUGGAUUACCCAGGAACCUCUGCACCUGAGAAGAUUUUACUUACACCUGAGGAGUCGACUGAAGAGUCACUGCCGGAUCCAGAUAAGUUUGCUGUUCCACAUCAGGGUCUGCAUGACAAGCUGGUUGGGCCACAGAGGCUCCCAGAGGUGGAUUCAAUGGUAGAUGGGCAUGAGAAUGAACACUUAGUUCAUGCCUUCUCAAAUCAGAAGAAAGGAGGAGACUUCUGCUUCAGAGCAGGCUUCUGCUUCAGACCACCAGUCACAUGUACUGCGUCUACUACUAGGGAACAAGAGUUCAACACCAUCAAAGUUUGUUUCACUCCUGAAACUGAAGGAUAUAGCUCAGCACUGGCAACUUGCUAAGGAGGUUUUUGGAGCUGCUCAUCAAUCAGAAUAUCCUCAGCAUCAGAAACAAACCUUGCAGGAUGAUACUGUGGAUCUGAGUACGGAUAAAGCUGAUCACAAAAGCCUACACCUGGGAUAUCUGCUGAAGCCAGAUCAACCUACACAGCCCUGUGAGCACAAGGAAUCAUCACAAUACCAGCUGGAGGCCCAGACUAAAAAUCCAGAGGCUCCACAAAUCCAGUCCUCUCUACCUGAGGGAGAAGACCCUUAUCGAGACUCACAGCCUGCUGAACAGGUUGUACCUUCUUUAAUCCUACACCAAGAGAAGCUAUUUAGUGAGGAGGGUUUACAUCGGCUGUCAGAGAAUCAGGAGAUCAAUAUUUCAUCUCUAAGGGGCAGUGCAACUCAUCUCUCACAUUUGACAAAUUCCAUCCUGAGACCUGGGGAGAUACCCAAGGAACCAUCUCCAAUACUGCACUCAGCCUCUGAAAAGACACAAGGGCCAACAGUGAAUGAGCUUCCAGUUCCAAUGCUUGGUCAGUAUUCAACUCAGCAUCCCACAUUAUCACCUGUCACAACCCCACCACUAGACAUGUGGCUUAGCACAAGUGAUAAACUCACUACAGAGCCUGCACAUUCUGUGGGCCUGCAGGAGGUUACACCUUCUCCUCUGAAGCAUCCUGAGGUAACACUCACACACCAUAGGAAGGUGGAGGCUCAACAACCCAAGUUGACUCCUGUCAACAUUCAGGCUUGGAAUGUAGAACAUACUAGAACUUAUCCACCUACUUCAGGGUUUCUCCUUUCACCAACAUUGUCAGAAACCCCAUUCCAGCCUCCAGCACCAUUGCUGGAGGCUUUAGGUCAACGUAGAGAAUCAUCUUACAGAAUAACUCCUACACUGCUGGCUCUAGGUCCAGCUCAGCCUCCAACAUUGCCCACUGUCAUGGUACAAAAACUGGAUACAGGCCCUACCCUAUAUCCUGAACUUACUGCAGAGGCUGAACAUCCCACAGCCGUGCAGGAGGUCACAGUUCCUCCUCACAAGAACCCUGAUGUGGCCCUUGCACAUCCAGACCAGAUGCACACGCAGCAUCCAAGUCUCACUCCCGUGAUAUUUAAACUUUCGGAUGUGGAACGUUCCCUGCCUCCACCACCUGUUGCAGGAAGUCAAUUUUCUUCAACAAGGCCUGAGAGCCCCUCUCAGCCUCCAGAGCCAUUUAUGAAGGCUGGAGAUCAACACAUGGUACCAGCUCAAAUGACAAAUCCAACAGCACCAGGGCAGGAUACAGCUCAGAGUCCAACAUUGCACAGUGCAGUGGUACAACCAAUGGAUAUGGCUCUUAUCCUGAAUGCAAAAGCCUUUAAAAAUGCUGAACAUUCUGUGGGCCCGCAGGAGGUUACAGCUUCUCUUCUGAAGCAUCCCGAGGUGACACUUGCACACCCUAGGAAUGUGGAGGCUCCACAACCCAACCUGACUCCUGUCAACAUUCAGGCUUGGAGGGUAGAACAUAGUAGACCUUCUCCACCUACUUCCAAGGUUCUCCAUUCACCACCUUUGCCAGAGAACCCAUCUCAGCCUCCAACACCAUUUAUGGAGGCUUUAGGUCCAGACAGAGUAACACCUCACAGAACAACUGCAGCACCACUGGGUCAGGGUCCAGUUCAGCCUCCAACCUUGCCCAGUGGCAUAGUCCAAACAAUGGCUUUUACCAUGAGAGAAAAAGCCAUUAAAGAGGCUGGACAUUUUGUGGCCCCAGAGGAGGGUACAGUUGCUUCUCUGAAGGAUCGUGAUGUAAGAUUCCCACCUUCAAGGCAGGUAGAGUCUCAGGGACCAACUGUGUUUCCUGCAAUCAUUCAGCCUGUGAAACUGGAGCAUCCAAUACCUCCAUCUACUUCAGGGAUGCAACUCACACCCAAUUUGCCAGAGAACCCCUCUCAGCCUGCAGAGCCAUCAUUAAAGGGUGUAGAUCAGAACACAAUACCACUUGAAAUGAUAACUCCCAAACCACCGGGUCAGAUUCCAGCUCAGCCUCACAUGUUGACCAGUGUCAUGGGGCAACCACUGGACAUGGGGCAACCACUGGACAUAACUACAUCCUGAAGUUACAAUGGAGGUGGAACAUUCCACGACCCUGCUAGAGGUUACAGCUCCUCAGAAGAAACCAGAGAUGACCCUUGCACAGCCAGACCAGGUGCAAGCUCAGCAACCAAACCUGACAAGCAGCAUGGUUCAGUUGUUGCAUGUGGAACAUUCCAUAACUCAACCACCUGCUACUGAAACUAAACUUCCUUCAGUGAUGCAGGUGAACCCCUCUCAGCCUCCAGAACCGUCUAUGAAGGCUGUCAAUCAACACAUGGUACCACUUCAAACAAGAAAUCCAACACCACUGGGUCAGGAUACAGCUAAGAGCCCAACAUUCCCCACUGAUGUGGUACACACAAUGUAUAUGGAUCUUAUCAUGACUGCAAAAGGCAUUGCAGAGGCUGAACAUUCUGUGACUCUGCCGGAGAUUGAAGCUUCUCCUCAGCAGCAUCCUGAGGUGACCCUUGCACAUCCAGACCAAGUGCAGGCUCAGCAACCAAACCUGACACCCAUCACGGUUCAACCUUUGGAUGUGGAACAGAACACUAACCAUUAUUCUGCACAAAUGGUGCAGGAUGCCACCAGCACUAGCAACAUAUGUGAGCUCUGCACCUGUGACAAUGACACCCUGUCAUGUACGGGUCUCAGCCCGAAGCAAAGGCUGCGCCAAGUACCUGUCGUAGAGGUCAACUCCUUCACAGUCUUGGAUUUCCAAGGAAACUCUAUUUAUAGUAUACAAAAAGGGGCAUGGAAAACCUACCAUUGGGCUGAGAAACU